CCCCAGCCAGGCCAGCCUGUCCCAUUGCACGUGUCAUUGCAAGAAAUGCAUUUAUGUAGCUACUUCGUGUGUACUCGGCCCACUGGGGACCCAAAUGCUGCCCAUCAUCCUGACAACAACCCUCGGCAUCACAGAGAAAGAAAGCAAUGGGUGAACCCCAGCAAAAGGACUCAAGGCACAUGACAAAAGGAUCAAAGGCUCCCAGCAUUUUCCAGCUGGCAAAUCAAGAAUUUGAGAGCAAUGAGUGGGAAAGUGAGAGCCCUUCGGGAGAGACACUGCUGAAAUCGCCUGCAACGUCUGAAGAAACGUUCCCCAGUUCCAGAACCCAGGGGGCAAAGCUGAUGUCUCCAGAAGGUCCUGCUGCACUUCAGAAUGAGCCCCUGGGAGGAGACCCGCCUGCAGCGCCCUCUUCUGAGCAGGCGGCCCUGGAAGACAUGAAGCGCUUCAUGGAAGAGUGUGGGGUGGACCUGGAAACUGUGGCUCAAGCUUUUUUGAAAACCAGCGGGGAGGUCGCAGCAGUGGCCCGUUGCCUGCGGAGUGGCCCACAUUCCAAGGACCGGCCCCCUCUUUGGACCAGACAGGAUGACUUAGACUUGCUGACAGGUGACAAUCAACUCAGAAGCCAGCUUAUAGCCAAGUAUGGAAAAGAGAACGUGAACAGGCGGGUGGCUUUCAGGAAGAAUUAGUUUGUGUUGUGUUCAGCGCUCCUUUUUGGUGCACAUUUUCCUUUGUGGAGGCCGUGGGCAGUUUGCGGUAACAGAGGCACGCCACGCCUGAUGCCAAGGCCAAGGACUUGCAUCCUAAUCUCUGUUUUGCCUGAAAUGACUGUUGUGGCAGAUAGUACUGCUGACUGAAAUCACGGUUGUAGCAGUUUGGUGAUUUUUGAAUUGGCAAUAAACUGCUCAAGUCUGUUCCCA